GUCACUUUUGUCAAUGUUUUUGACAACCGAAAAAACAAAAAUGUAAACCAAUUCUACUUAAUUGAUUGGAAAACUGUUUAUACACAUUCCUACGGCCUAAUAAUUUUGUGAAAUUAAGAAAAAAUGGAUAUUUUGGCUAUAAUUUUCUUAGUGGGUGUUUCAAUAUUAUUUGGAAUUAUUUUAACUGUCUGUCUACAAUAUUAUAUUUUAUACAUUUAUCUAAAAAAGGCUCCUGAAGUAACACCCUUUGAGAGACGUAAUUCUAUUGAUUAUACUUUGCCAGAGACAUUAAAAAAGCAAUUGGAAAAUGAAAAUAAAAAAGACAACAAUUGUAGUUUGCCUAUAAGCUUGAUUUUACAAUUUUUAUUUCAUGAGUUAAGGCAUUCUGAAUAUAUUAAAAGAUGGCUAUUUAAAAAGUUAAGUGUAGAAUUUGACGAACUUUUAACUAAGACUACAAUUGGGAAGUUCUUUGACAGUAUUAGUAUCAAAGACAUGCAUCUAGGAAAUGAGUUUCCAGAUAUAAAAGAUAUUACAUUGGAUAAGGUUAAAUUGGAUAAAAAAGAGGGGCACAUUGAUACUGUAAGCUUAUGCCUUAAUUUGGAUUAUAAUGGAAGUUUUUUGCUAAGUGUUGAUGGCAAAAUGAAAUUUGGAAAAACUGCUUACUUGUCUAUAACAGUAAAAAAAAUUUGCGGGAUGGGAAGACUUCAGUUUUCAAGACAUCCCUACACUCAUUGGUCAUUUAGUUUUUUUAACGACCCCAUUUUGGACUUGGCAGUGGAAUCUCAUUUUCAGGGCAGGCAAUUGCAAUCAAACAUAACUAAUUUAAUUGUAAAUCAAAUAAAAAAAGCAAUUAAACGCAAGCACACCUUACCCAACUACAAAAUAAGAUACAAACCAUUCUUUGUUAAAACUGAUCCAAGUCAGUUGGACACAGAGGACAAUGAAAUAGUUUCUCAAGGCCAAUUGGGGGUUUCAUGUGUUGAGGUUUCUAGAUUAUCAACACCAGCCACCGUACAACAUAUUUACUGUACUUUUGCUAUAGACUUCAUUCCUUGGAUCUCCCUGUAUCAAAAAGACGACUCGUUCUACAUGAUACUAGAAAUUACUGUGACAAAAUUGCGACAAGCUCCGCUAGGCAUAAUAUUCAAGCAAACACAAAAUUCCAUAACAAUUGACAGUGUUGCCGCUAAAAGCUGCGCAUAUCGUUCAGGUUUAAAACCUGGCGACGUUGUGUUGAUGGUCGAAAAUAAAACCGUAACAUCCGUACCACAAGUGGCCAAACUCAUUAAGUCCAUUUCCGGGGCUUCUAUAACGCUAAGAGUUGAGAGAAUUGCCGAAAAUUAUGUGCUGAGAAACAAGUAUAAUGAUGAGAAUGAUGUAAAGACACUGAAUACCUCAAUUGAAAGUGAAAUAGAACAAGAGUUGACACAAACUGAACAAGAUAAUUUUGUCAUAGUCGAUAAAAAAGAAGGGGGAGAUGUAAAAAAAAACAAAUGUUUAAGCAAUCUAGAAAAAUUUAAGUCAUGUGAUAAAGUAAAAAUGAUGUCGUCAAAUGAAAAUAUGUCGAAGAUAGCGCAGACAAUUGGAAACUUCAGUUUAAGAAAAAGAAAAUCAUCGGCGACCGAUAAGCCUUCUGGCGAGAGUAGUACCAAAACGACGCCAACAUCUAGUACGCCAGGAACUCCCCAGCAUACGUCAAACAGCCUUAAGGUGGUACCUUUAAAUAGUUUGACAGCCAAAAAACAUUCUAUCUCAGAGCUGCCCGAAAUAAUAAAAACCGAUCUCGAAGGUUUAAACACCGAAAUAAGCGUCACCGAGGCCUAUAGAGGGAAAGAACUACUGGCCGCUUCGGUUAUGCAAUUCUCUGACGACUAUCAGUUUAAUUUGAAGGAAGGGAUGAAAUACUUGAACAUAAACGUCUGGGGCACUUGUGCAGACGAAAAAGACGUUCUUCUCGGCUACACCAACAUCCCGGUUAGCCACAUUCUAAGCGAGUGUUGCAACAGCGUUUUGGGACACUACAUCAGACGGUACUCAUUUUUGCCGCCUGGAAAUGCCGUGCCCACCAAUCAAACCCAUGCGCUGCUCUCGCACUCUGGAUUCGAGCACGUAUUUUGCUACGGCGAUGUUUUGUUGUCCUUCGUCUGGAACCACCACGACGAUAUCGAACUGAAAAGGAAAAUGUCCACUGUGAACUUGGAGGCCGAGGAUAAGUGUACAGACGGCAACACCGCUGCUACGAAACAUGAUUUUGUCAGGACUCAGUUUCAUAGAACCACCCACUGCGAUUUUUGUUCAAAAAAGAUCUGGUUAAAGGACGCCGUUCAAUGCAGACAAUGCGGGAUGUGUUGUCACAAAAAGUGCAUCGUGAAAUGUCAAAUGAGCAGUAACUGUAAUCCUGGCGAUGCGAGCCUAAGGAGCGAUAGUUCCGAAGGCUUGCCGUCCGAUAUGGCCAUGGUGGAAGUGGGGGACGAAAUUACCGAUACAGAACACGGAGAUCCCAAGACGCCUGUUAACAUAAAAAGAGUUAACAGUGUCAACAAUCUUGCAAUACCAGGUUCGUACGUUUUAUCCACCAUGACGAGAUCCUUGCCCCCCUCGCCGCAGCGAACUCCUAGCCGUAAGCAGUCGCUGGUCACGAUAAACCCGUUCGCCAUGUGUCCGGCAGUGUUGGACGACGUGCAGAAAAAUCCGGGCGAAGCGUCGGACAGCGUGAACAAGUUGCUCGAACAAGUGAUGCAGUGUCCGCCGGACGAAACCCUGAUGGACGUUGCCAAAGAAUCCGGUCGGAAUCUCUACGCCAACAUGACACACGAUGAGAGAGUGGAAAAGAUAAAUCUAAUGAUGGCUGAAUUAAAGAAAACCCUGGACGAAGUCACUACAGAACACAUGGAGCUAUCGAGAAGAAUGGGCGUGGAAGAGUCGGAAGUUGAAAAAGCCAAAAUAGCAUUUUUGAUGGGCCAAGCAGACGCCAAAGUGCACGGCCUAUCUGUACUCAUGCUGCACUACUGUUCCAGUUUGCAACAUUCUCAAGAAAAAAUUGUCUAGGUUUUUAUGUUUUUUUUACAGAAGUGACAUUAUUAUGCAGGAUCUAGAAAUCGACUGAUUUGUCUACAUUGGACUCCCUGUAUAAUAUUUUUAAUUAGGUAAAACUUCCUUACAGAUAUAAUUUUACACGCCAAAGGUAUUAAUAUUAUUAAUAAUUUAUUAUCAGUAUAAAGAGUUACUAUAUUUUAAUCUUGGACCUAAAUAAAUGGCCUAAGUUGUUGAUGUGUUGUGUUAAUAAUGGAAGAGACAUUAGGGGUGGAUUUCUGGGGUCAAAAUAUGACGAUUUAAUCCAAAAUGUUUUUAUUGUGUUUAACUUAUUUUUAAUGUUUUUUGCAAUCCCAUUAAAUAUUGUUUAAAUUUCC